AUGUCCAGAAUUGCCCAAACCGCAAAGAAUGCUUCGUCCAUUCUGAGAUCUUCCAUGGGAAGAAACAUCAGAGCUGCUUCUUCCGAGGCCGGUCCUGUCACCAUGACCGUUAGAGACGCCUUGAACAGUGCAAUGCAAGAGGAGUUGGAUAGGGACCCUGACGUGUUUUUAAUGGGUGAGGAAGUUGCUCAAUAUAACGGUGCCUAUAAAAUCUCGAGAGGAUUGCUUGACAAGUUCGGACCAAAGAGAAUUGUCGACACUCCAAUUACCGAGAUGGGUUUCACCGGUCUCUGUGUCGGUGCCGCUUUGUCCGGUCUCAAGCCAAUUUGUGAGUUCAUGACUUUCAACUUUGCCAUGCAGUCGAUUGACCAGAUCAUCAACUCGGCAGCCAAGACCUACUACAUGUCGGGUGGUAAGCAGCCUUGUAACAUCACCUUCAGAGGUCCAAAUGGUGCAGCUGCCGGUGUUGCUGCCCAGCACUCUCAAGACUACUCUGCAUGGUACGGUUCGAUCCCAGGUUUGAAGGUGAUUUCCCCAUUUUCCGCCGAGGACCAUAAAGGACUCAUGAAGGCCGCUAUUAGAGACCCAAACCCAGUUGUGUUCUUGGAGAACGAGUUGCUUUACGGUGAAUCGUUCCCAAUUUCUGAGGAGGCCGCCUCUCCAGAUUUCGUCUUGCCAAUCGGUACUGCCAAGAUAGAGCUCGAGGGAACUGACGUGACAGUCAUCUCGCAUUCUAGAAACCUAAUUUUCUGUCUUGAGGCCGCUCAAGUCGUCAAGGAGAAGUACGGAGUCUCUGUCGAGGUGUUGAACUUGAGAUCUAUCAAGCCUCUCGACGUCCCAUCCAUCGUUGAGUCUAUUAAGAAAACCAACCAUGCUAUCACUGUUGAGGCUGGUUUCCCAGCAUUCGGUGUUGGUUCCGAGAUUUGCGCCCAAGUCAUGGAGUCCGAAGGUUUUGACUACCUUGAUGCUCCAAUUGAGAGAAUCACCGGUUGCGAGGUUCCAACUCCAUACGCCAAGGAAUUGGAAGACUUCGCCUUCCCAGACACCCCAACUGUGGUUAGAGGAAUUGAAAAGGUUCUUUCUUUGGGCGAGUUUGCUUAA